AUGUUUUCAAAGUUCAACCUGAUCAAGGCCAUUGCCAUGACCAUUGCUUUGGCUGUCGGCACUCAGGCUGCCCCCAGCAAUGCUUCGCCUGCUUUGGUCGCACGCGACACAGAGGCAGCGUCGGUAGACGGGCACCUUUUCGUCUGCGUCAAUGCCCAAUUUGUCCCGCCAUGCAACAACUUCAAUUUCAAUGACGGACAAUGCAUCAACUUUGUUGCGCCUUUCCAGGACAGCAUCUCGAGCUUGGGACCUGACCCGGGGUUCACCUGCAUUGUCUUCAAGGACUCCAACUGCUCUGGAGAGAGCCUCGACGUCUCCAACCCCGGUAUUUCCGACCUUUCUCAGGGCACCGACCUCAACGACCAAAUCUCCUCUUUCCAAUGCUUCGCAAACUGCCUCAAACAUUUGUCGAAAUAA